UAUCUUUUAUCAAACGUUCCUCCCCUAUACGCGUGUACAUCGGAACGCAGAGCCAACUCGGGGGUGAGGGUUGUUCACGCAUGCGCAGUUUAACCCCGACUAACUAACCCCAAUACGACAGCGUAGCCUCCAUUUUAUUUCCAUUUAUUUGAUAUUUCCAAAGCGAAAAUAACAUUCGUGUACUCGUGAUAAUACAAAUACAACUUACGAAAUAAACUGUGGCGAUCUAAAGUGACGUUUUUGAAACGAAUUUUGAAAAACAAUACGUUUUGGACUAGCGUGUGCUUACGUAAUAUUUUUUUCUCGAAUCAAGAUUGUGUAAGUGUACGGAUAAGGCAAAGGGCGCCUGCACGAUAUGUGUGCGUGGCUGUAGGUGAUGCUGAGCGGCGCUAUCCUGAGCGCUGCGCCGGUGUCUCUGCGCGGCCUGGCGCCAGGCCUGCCCGCCGCGCGCCCCGCGCUGCUCGCCGCACUCGUCAUGCACGCCCUGCACGAUCGCCAGGAUGAGGCCAGCUUCAUAGAGAAUGGUCUUCUCUCGUACGAGAACCCCAACUACCACAUGGAUCCGUCCCGCAUGGAGUCCGCGAUAUACAGCGACCUGUACGACAUGCACGACGAUAAGAACUCGCCCGAUGACUACGACACCUACCUCGACAAUAGGAGAGUCGAGGAUGAAGCUGCGUCACCAGUAACAAAAACCAGUGACAAGAGCGGUUUAAUUACACCGCCUCAAAAUGGGGGUGAAGAAUCCCCUCCACCGGAGAAGGAGCGAGCUGAUCGCGAGGACUCAGAGAAGAGCCACUCCGCAUCAGUGCCACACUGUGCUGAGGGUCCUAACGACGACCUGUACGCGAUACCCGUCAAGUUGAGGCCCAAGAAGGAGCCCCAGCUGCCCCCCGGAUGGGAGAAGCACGAAGGUAGGAGAUACAAUGAUGGUCCAUACUACUGGCACAUAAAAAGUGGAACAAUCCAAAGAGAGAUCCCCAAAAUGCCGCCCGUAGAAGCCAAGGAGUCUCGUAUAUCCAUGGUGCGAGACUGCUCCAACCUGUCCGAGGUCAGCAAGUAUGAAGGCAACAUGAUGACUGGCUCCGUCACCAGGAGUACCACUAGCGGGGCUUUGGACCACGUGGACCAGGAUGCGGAGAGGAAACGCAAAGAGGAGAUGUCUUACAAACGCCGCAGCUACCCAGCUCGCCCAGAACCAGACAACGGUCGUGCGGUACGGUUCUUCGUCCGCUCCCUCGGCUGGGUCGAGAUAUCCGAGUCGGACCUGACCCCAGAGAGGUCCAGCCGGGCCGUCAACAAAUGUAUCGUCGACCUCAGUCUGGGUCGCAACGAUCUGCUUGAUCAAGUUGGACGUUGGGGUGAUGGCAAGGACUUGUUCAUGGACUUGGAUGACGGUGCCCUGAAGCUGAUCGACCCCGAAAGCCUGAACACUUUGCACACACAGCCCAUCCACACCAUUCGCGUGUGGGGAGUCGGCAGAGACAACGGACGCGAAAGGGACUUCGCAUACGUGGCUCGGGACCGCGCGACACGCAAGCACAUGUGUCAUGUGUUUCGCUGCGAGGCGCCGGCGCGUAGCAUCGCUAACGCUCUGCGUGACAUCUGCAAGCGCAUUAUGAUUGAGCGCUCGUUGCAGCCACCACCUCGCCCCACAGACUUACCGGCUACUAGGCGUCCAAGACCGCUUUCCGUAGGAGCAGCGUUCCCGACUCCGAUGGAAGAGCCUCGCAAGACAGUCCGCGCGCUAUACCUGGGCAGUGCGGAGGUUCCGCGCGCGACCGGCAUGCGCGUGCUCAACGACGCGCUGGACCGCCUCGCCGCGGCGCGCCCGCCCUCGGCCUGGCGCCCUGUGGCUGUGGCUGUCGCGCCUUCCAUGAUCACUAUCACUGAUGAAGGGGAAACGACCCCGAUCGUGGAAUGCCGUGUCCGCUACCUGUCGUUCCUAGGCAUCGGUCGCGACGUCCGGCGCUGCGCGUUCAUAGUGCACACGGCGCAGGACCUGUUCGUGGCGCACGCCUUCCACGCCGAGCCCUCGUCCGGCGCGCUCUGCAAGACCAUUGAGGCCGCUUGCAAGCUGCGCUACCAGAAGUGCCUGGACGCGCACGGGGGCGCGGCGCCGCUGGCGGGCGCGUGCGGGGGCGCGGGCGCGGACGCGGGGCGCGGCUCGCUGGGCGCCGCGCUCAAGUCGCUGGUCGGCUCGCUCACCGGCCGCAGGGGCUCCUGAACGGGACUGCACUCGCCGCACUCCGAUGACGAUCCGCCCGAGGCGGACGAGGAGUGCGGCCCUCAGAGCGAGCUGAGCGACCCCGCGGCCCCCGCACCGGCGCACUAGCUCCACUGCUUGCCGCCAUACAUACUUUAUAUGACGACUCAUCGCUUCUGUAUCGUUUUUACUAGUAAUACUGUAGGAGUGACAAAAAAAUACGGUCUUGUAGAUGUCCACUGCUGGAUAACAAGCUCUUUACAGAAAUACGAGAGAAUACUUGGUUUGUAACCUCAUAACAUUAAAUACAGAUCAGUCAAGUUGAAACUCAGAUUAAAUAGCUAAAAGAGAGAAAUGUCGUUGCAAAAUGUCGUUGCAAAAUGGCGCGGGAUGAGUAGAAAUGCCAGUGUAGCAAGAGAAAAAUAAGACCAGAACGGUUUUUACCAAGUAUUACUAGUUCAAAAGAUACGAAACUUGUAAGCUGACUGAGUACAAUAAAAACUAAAGCCAUCAUAGUUUUGCUUACAAAUUACAAACCUGACUAUUGACAACAAGUCACUGUCGAUGUUAAAUAACAAAAUUUGAAAAUCGAACAUUCAGUUUGACACAUGACUUGAAUUUGACAUUUCAUACUUACUCGACUGCAUCAUUAUACAUAUCUAUUAGUUUUUUUAACGCUAAUAGGCUGUCAUAUUUAGUGGAAAUAAAUAUAAACAAACGUGCAAUGUAGCAAUAAACUGGUAUAAUUUAUAAGAUAAGGUAAUAUUUAAUCAAGGAUAUAUAUCUAUUGAUUUGCCAUAUUUGAACUUGUAAAUACAGUUAUUUGUCACUUUACAAAAAACUUUGGUACUUGGGUAGCCUGAAUAUGAUAAAGACAUGAUAAAAAUGUUGAAAAAUAACAUUGCACGAUGUGAUGUUAGAACAUUACGGAGAAGUAAAUGAUUUAAUUUAAUUAAUGUUUAAGUGUAUGUUAGAUGGUAUUUGUAAAACUGGCAUUUGUAACUGCAAUAGACAAGCUAGCUUUUUUCAUCUCGAUAUUAGCUUCAUUAAAAUUAAAGCAUAAGAGUGUGUAAGGUACUUAAUCAGACUGUAUUACUAAGACAUUAAUUAAAUUAAAAUCACCUGUUAUUUCGAGGUAAUCCUGAUCUCCUGCUGAAAACUAUUACAAUUAUAUACCAAUGUAGGUAUAACUCGAGUUGUAUAAAGCCUUCUUUAUUUGGUGUUAGCUAUUGUUAACCUUCUUGUAAUUAGAAUGAAGUGUUUGAAAAUUAUGCGGUAGUCAUCUUUUAAUUUGUCCUACAAAGAAAUAAGAUCUACUGCCUGAUUUUUAGACAUUUAUUAAAAUUAAAUAGAUGUUAGGUUGACACUAGAAUAGAUCAAUGCUGAAGUCCUAAUAUCAAAAAAAAAAUAUUUAGGGUUGAUAAAUGUCAUUGAUGUACUGUCAAAGUCAAGUGUCAAGCAAUAAGUCAGUUUGACAGUGAGGCACUUAAUUUUGACAAUUACGGUUAGGUUUUACCAAAUUUUUGGUCUCUUGAAAGUUACCUUAUAAAUUCCUAGUCCAUAGAAGUAGGUAUGUUAAGCUUUUGUAAAUUUAACGCUAUUUAUAUUCAAACUGUGACACAUUAUCUCAUCACAGAAUAUUAUUGAUGUUAAAAGUAACAUGGAUUUUUGUGUAAACUAAUUGUAAGACUCAUAAAUGGUUAGUUUGGGCAGUUGGCAGUACUCUGUAAAUAAAUGUAAACUUAAUGGACGUAGAUAUAAGGUAGAUAAUGGAAUGAUAGUGUUUUGGGCCAGUUACCAGUCAGGCCUGGCCCGGUAGCAGCACGCGAUGGAUAGUCAAACGUAUGUCGACAUAGAUGUAAAAUGGCAGUGUGUAUGGAAAGUAUUGGUGUUGAGCACGGUAUGUACCUAGACAGUAAGACAUCGUUGAUUUCCAAAAAAAAAAUCAUUCGUUGGUAUAAUAUAACGAAUAUAGGACCCUAUGAGUAUAAAUAAAGAGUUUAUUUUUGCUUAAGCUUUAAGAUAUUGAGAAUUUCGAUUGCUAAAGAUGAAUAUUUUUUGUAUGAUCACCUCAUUAAGUAUUUAUAUAUUUAUAUAAUGUAAGCUUUUUGGGCGUGAUUUAUCUUUUUAUUUCUGCAUUUUGAGAACUCAAAUUUAAAGUCAGCUAGUUCAACUAUAAUACCUUUCAAAACUAGGCUUUAAAUUUUGAGAGAUGGGCAUUGUCACCAUCAAAAAAUGAUUUUAAAGAUUCAAAUCGCUAACCUCAUUGUAAAAGGGUGUUUGAAACACAUUGAGCUUUCAAUAAUAUUAUAUAUUUAUACGUAAUAUUCAAAUCCGCUCGUAUAUAAACUAGAAUAAACAAAUCCUUAAUUCGGCCAUUUUACACGCAUAAAUAUAAAACAAAAUGGCUGACGAGAUGCCGUCGACAGCUUUAUGUAGAUUAGAAUUUUCAGGGGAGUUGUAAAGAAAAAAGGGAAUUGGGACCCAUGUAAAAGAUUUUCGAAUUAAACAUUACCUGUCCAUAGUUUAAAAUGACUGACAAAGAUCGUUCGUAAAGGCAUCAAAGUUAAUGCCCGCUUGAACUAUGGAAGGUGAAGAGUUCCAAAGUUACUCGAAAUGUAUUAUUAUUAAUUAAAAGUGUUUUUGUGUCUGUAACACUUCGACAAAUAUAGGUAACGUAAUAUUAUAUAGAGGGGAACGAUCUUUGUAUGUUGGCAACAUUAGGACGAAUUCAUGAAAACAUUUUGCUAUAAUCUCAUAAGCUAUAAUCUCAUAAUGUUACUGAGAUGAAAAGUGACAUUUAUUGGUCUAAAAGUGUUUUCAUAUAAAGAUCGUUUUCUUUCAAAUUAGGUUAAGGCAUUCUAGUUAGAUAUCACAAAAUAGCUUCAAAAUAUAUUUCAAAUAUUAGAGAAUCAGUGUUGCUUCACACUAAUAUAAAUAUAAUGAUACACUGAGCUGUUCUGUAAUACGUAAAAUAGUGUUAUUCACACUUUAAUACUAAGUAAAAGUCAUUAUUUAUACAAAAAUAUAUAAAUAUUUAAGGGCGGGGUUUCUGCGGGAGUGUUGGCGGCCGCACUCGGUGACCAAGCACUCUCGCCUGAUCCCCCAACGCGCAAUAGAUGUGACAAUUCAAGCUUCGACUGCCUUUUAUCGGAUGAAGUAUGUCAAUAUUUUCUAUAAAAUAAACGUUUAUGAAGUAGUCUAUUAGAUAGCUUGUGAAUUCCUGUUUUCUAGCUCACUGUUGAAUAUAAACAAUCGGGAAGAAUAAUGUUAUAUACAGUCAUCGCUUUGACAGCUUAAAAGCCUUCAAACUGUGGCUUUUAAUGAAUACUUUUGUGAAAUUAAUAAAAAAAUAUUCAUAAA